AUGGAGGCUACCAAUGAUGUCGAAGAACUUCCCUUUGCACGGCCGCCGAAGUUCAAGCCCAAUCAGUUCUCGGGACCACAGCAAAGACUGCCCAUCCAUGCUGAGGAUUUCGAAGAUCUGGAAGACCUAGCCAGUCUUCAAGACGAACGUUCUCAGAAGCUGAAGUCCAUCUCGCACCAACACCAAGAACUUUCAGGUCGGCGCCAUGGUGGUAGCCGCCAUCGCAAGGACACGGAACAGUCUGAUGGUAUGAACACUGGUGUCAAUGCCGAGAAUAGAAACGGUUCCCCCGUUCAUGAGGUCCACUCUGGGAAGACCACGGACGCGGGUAAAGACCACACAAGUGUCGAGAGCCAAAUGAGGGGGACUUAG